GCCAGACUCUUCUCGCUGAUGCCUAGGUAAAUUCAGGGACGCCGCUGACACUGGUGCUCAGUCGUUCUUCGCACUCUCCGCAUCGCACAGCCUCCUCGCAGGAAGACUACCUCAACAUGUUCAGCCCAACUUUUAGUGUGCUGGUUCUCUUGAUGGCGCUGUUUGUGGCCUCAGAGGCGCGAAUCGAAUUGCUCAACUCCAAGUACAUGGGCAAGGACACGUACCACAAGAAGCCCUCCGGAUUGAUGCCGCUUAAGACGGUGGCUGGACGUGGUGGAGACUCCAACACCUACUACGUCAAACUGCCGGCCAGUCCUCAUUACUACAGCGCUCUCAGCAGCAAGGUGCCUUUUGAGCCCCACGGCACAGCUCACGUCCGCCGUUUGCUGCCGAUGAGCUUCGAAAGCAACGGCCGUCCCGCCGGCAUCUACCACUGGAACCUGCCACAGGUGCAACGCAUGGAACUGGAGAAGAACAUGCAGCGGAGGCGCUCGAGCUUCGACCACAUGCACGCCCAGCAGCGCACCGUGCACCACCGCGAGCACUACCCCGUGCAGAUCAAGAGGUACAGGCAGAAGAGCUCUGGAGACAGCCCCAUCCACAGGAUCAGCGGCACGGGCAACAAGAGGAUGACCAAGCACUAAAGGCAUCGAGGUUCGGCGGACGGAGACACACACGCUCAAACGCACAAAAACGCUUCUGUCCGCCAACUCAAACACAGGUGGCCGAAUUUCACAAGCAGCAGCGCAAGUUGUCCACUCGAGACUCGUUGACUACUUGAGCACGAUUUGCCUGAUGUCUUUUCAAAGUUCAGUAUUUAUUCGACAGGCUCCUUGUGCUUGAGUACUGAACAGCACUUUAUCCUGUAAGCGUAAUUUAUGAUGGAGUGUCCGUGUUUUUUUUAAAAGCUUUCCACUGUAAUUUUAGUUGCAAAUGUCCACAUUGGCCUGUGCUUAUAGUUGAAAUCUCUGGAUUAAAUGCGAGAGAAAUGUUUAGUCCAGGCUGAUAUUGCACAGAGUGUGGAGAUUUGAUUGUGCCAUUGCCAGUGAGUGACUAAUCGCGCUAACCAACUGCACAAGAGGCACGAAAUGAAUAACACCUUGUAGCUAUGCAACAUGCUGUGCUUGAAAGUUCUGCUCAGCUGCAUACGCGCGCAUGUACUCUUUUGAUGUAGCAAUAAUUAUCUGUGUAGCUCUAGAAUUUUGUAUCCUCACUUUAAAACGACUGUAAAUACUAAUUUUAAUAACAUUUUGAUAGCGACAUUAUAAAAUUAACUGCAAACUCUGUUCUAGUAAGGUGACUUUGUUGUUUCAAUGCAUGUGACUUAAAUUUUCAAUUUUAGCAAAUAAUAUCAAACUUUCUGACUUUUUCAGUAAAACUGACUGUACUCUUUGCAUUUUAAUAAAAUAUUCUCAAAGCAA